UCACCAGCUGUCCUAUAUUUUUAAUUAACAUUGUCUGUGGUUUAUCGUGUGAAGCUACUGCGUGGUUUUCACCUGAUUGUUUUUAAAGUGUGAAGUGAAAAAAUUGGGUGGAGUCCGUGGGAUACUCGAGUGCUGGAUACUGGUUUAAAUUUUCUGUGCAACGUAUCCAAGGCGGCUGUGAGGACCUCGACAGAUUUUUAACUGGGUGUAUAACUCCAAACAAAUUUCAAGAUGUUCAGUCAGUAGUUUGGCUAUUUGGAAUGGACUUCAGUUGUCCUUCGGAAUUCAAGGAAGGAGAAAAUUUAGUAAGCUGCAAAAUCAACAAAACAGCAGUUUCAAAUGGAGACUGUAGAUACGUGCAAAGUUAUGUAACAUUUGAGCUUACAUCUGGAUUUCACUCGGGGCUCAUGUGUUACACACCAAGCUUUGAUUCUUCAAACUGCCACCCUGUCCUGGAACCAGUCAAGAACACUUGUUGGUGCAAUGGAACAACCAAUGAAAUAUUUGACUACAAUUUUCUUUUUACGGCCAACGAAAGCCGGGAUCAAGGGGCAAUGCUGGAAUGCAAGAUUUUUGUUUUGCCAUCAGAAUGCUUUCAGACUAAAGCAGAUGAUAGUUGCAAGAACUUGAGUUUUGGUAGCCCAGUUAUAGAUCAAGGUUGGACUUGUGAACAAACUUCUACUCUAGCAAUGAUUGGUUUCACCCCUUUGAUUGUCGUCAUCAUCAUCAUCGUCGUCGUCUUUCGCAGACGUUGUCCUUCUCAGAGGUGUAUUGUCAGGUUUCCUGCUCUUUUGCAACUAACUGAAAGCAGGCACACAACAAUCUGAAUAAAGAGCUGAUCAGAUGAGAUUUUCAUGCACUGUCGAUUGACAUUUCAAAAUUGAUAUAUAUAUAUAAUCGUACCACAUGUAUGUGCGUGCGUGUGUAAGACUAAGGAUACUUUACUAAUGUUUUUGUGUCUUACAUAAAAGGGUCCCGAUUUAGGUGUGAUUGUAUCACAGGCCAACAACUAUGUACAUGAAAUACAUGAUUUUUGUGCUACUUCCUCUUGCCAACUGUGAAAUGCUUAUUGUACUUAUUAUACUGAAGACAAUUGAAAUCGCAAGUACGCUAGCACGUGCGUUAAAACACACACACGCGCUCGCGUGCACUUUGAUCUUUGUUUCUAUUGGAAUAUACCCUGGAUCAGCAAUAAGAAAAAAACAAACAAACAAAAAAAUGGCACCUA